UGGCUAAUCUUGCACCUCCCUCACAGUCUGUUUUUGCAACUCCAUUUGCUCCAUCUGGUCAGUAUCCGACACAUCCCUCACCCACUCCAGCAUCUCAUCCUGUCCAAUUUGCGACCAAGCCAAGGCCUCAAAUUCCUGAAGAUGAGUGUAACUAUUGCCAUCAGAAGGGUCAUUGGAAGCAUUAGUGCCUUAACCAUCCCAACCCAAAGGGAUGAAAUGUUACUCAGUCGACUGGUUCUCACGCCCCACAUCAGUCUCGGCCACCACAACAGUAUUCUCGCCCUCCUGCAGCCUUGGCAACACCGGCCUCCAGUAGUGCACCUCCAGAGUUUGAUUAUGAGCAAUUUCAGCAGUAUCAGGCUUACAUGGCUGCCAUUAGAGGGGGUUCCCCCAAGCUUCUGCCAUGACUACCACUCACUCAGGUUUGUGUGGUUCUCCCACCUCAGGAUCGGGAUUCCAAGAAGCAGAUUGGGGCAGGCCGUAAAGUUGGUGAUCUCUAUCUUUUGGAGCACUUGCAUCUCCCAAUAAAACCAUCUUCCACUGCUGCGUCAUCUUUUUGUUUAGAUCAUAAGUCAUCUCCAUUUUAUCUUUGGCAUUUUAGAUUAGGACAUCUGUCUAGUGAGCGUCUAAAACUUUUAGUUAAGUCAGGUCAUUUGGGUCAUAUUUCAGUCAGUGAUAUUUCAGAAUGCAGUGGUUGUAAGUUUGCAAAAAUGUCAGCUUUACCUUUUAAUAAAAAUACUUCUGUUUUUACUUCGCCUUUUCAGCUUGUUCACACUGAUUUAUGGGGCCCUUCUCCGGUUGUUACAAAAGGUGGUUUUGUCUAUUAUGUCUCUUUUGUGGAUGACUUUAGUCGGUAUACUUGGGUUUACUUAAUGACACACAAAUCUGAGUUCUUUACGAUUUAUAAGAAUUUCCAUGCCAUGGUUCAAAAUUUGUUUUCUACAUCGGUUAAAAUUCUUCGGUCUGACUUGGGUGGGGAAUAUUCACUCUCAGAGUUUUAUAAAUUUCUAGAUU